AGGCAGUCAUAGCUCUGCAUCCACUGAAUUGCUGGCAGACUUGGAGAACAAGAGCUACAGCUGGCCUUGCUAGAGUCAUGGGGAUGAGUGCGUUGCAGGAAGAGACACUGCCCAGGGCUCAUGAUAAAAAUCAAGAGAGUUUGCAAGUGCACAACAAAUACGAGCUGCAAGAGAAGAGCAUGCUGGCAGGCAAAGCGAUGAGGAUGGGUAUGCUCCCUACAGCUUCCAGCUCAAAGGCAAUGGGUUAAAAUUGGCUCUGGGUUUAAAAGGAUGUCAGAUACCCCAGAUCAGGCCCAAGAUGAAGGUGGAUUGAUGCCCAAGGCUAAGGCUGACUGAAUUCCCCUCUCAGAUCGCUGAGGCAUGCAAUUUGCAGAUAGAUUAAUCAGAUGAGUCUGACUUCUGUGGUUUCCUGGAGUCUAGUCUCAGGCUAUAAAAUCUUGCUGGGAGCAGGAAGAGACCCCAGCUGCAGCCUCACCUCCAAGGGAUCCACUGAAGCAGAGAACGCUGUGAUGAAGCACCUGCAGAAACUCCUGCUCUCCCUCCUGCUGGUGACCUGCCCCCCGGCUACAGCCAAUUAUUCCUGGAAUCGGAUGGAUAGAGGAGGUGAAGCCAAGACCCACUCCACACCCUAUGUGGCCUAUCUGCAAGGAAAGAACAACCAUUUCUGCGGAGGCUUCCUAGUGGCCCCAAACUGGGUGAUGACAGCAGCUCAGUGCUUCGUACACAAACCUCUGACUGUCAUCCUUGGAGCCCACACAAUCCAGAGGAGAGAGGAAAGCUGGCAAACAUUCGAAGUCCAAGAAUAUCACUGCCAUCCAGACUUCAUGAGUCCUAAGAAGGGAAAUGACAUCCUCUUGCUGAAGCUGAAAGGCAAUGCCACCAGCAACAGCUAUGUUAGGACCAUUGCCUUUGAAAAAUCAAAAGUCCCUGGUGGGACUGUGUGCAGCAUAGCCGGCUGGGGCUACAAAACACCUGCUGCCACAUUACGCGAAGCCACCAUCACCAUCAUCAAACAAAGGGACUGCCUCAACCACUACCCUGGACUUGCUGACAACUUGAUUUGUGGACGCAGUGGAUCUGCUGGGGUACCUGAAAAGGGUGAUGCUGGGGAUCCACUCGUCUGCAACAACAAAGCCUACGGGAUCUUCUCCUAUAGGCAUAACAAUUGGCCCGGUUUCUACACACACAUUGCUCCUUACCUUCCCUGGGUCAACAGUGUCAUGAAGUCAGCAUGACCCUACUCUCACCCCAGCUGCUGCCCUGGAAAACUCAUGCUUCAGGGCCCCAUGCUUGCCUGCUUUUUCUUCCUUUCUCCCUGGGAAAUAUCUUCCACUGAUCCUCAUGGACAUGGCAAGGACUUCUCUCUGGAAAAGCCAAACUAUGACAGCGGGGGGCUUGGCACAGAGAUUGCACCUCGACUGUGUUUGCUCCCUGUGCAAGCGAGGGAGUGCCCAUUUACACGGCGCGUGCUCCCACACUUUACUGCUCUGAUUUACCCCUUUGUCAAGUUGCUUGUGGCUACAGCUCUAGAAAGGAAGCAGCAGGACAGCCUUGAAUGAGAUGACAGUAGCUGUUGGGAUGUCUGCCGUCCUUUGGGGAAGACGGUACAAUUAGAUCGGGGGAAUCCAAAGAGCAGCCUCCUCCCUGCCCCUUGCAUUUGUGACACCAGAUGCCUCGAUCUCCUUUGCCCAAGCCCUGGGGUUAGAGGGUUGCCCCAGCUCCAAGGAGGACACUUUCAGCUCCUGCCUAACUGCUGCUGCUGUCCCCUACCUCUGAAACCUGGUGCCUCCUUUCUC